AUGAACGCGAGUGCAGCAUUAGGACCACUUGCGAGUGCUACCAGAUGUACUACACAGUGUUUCUAUCCUCUCAAACAAGUCCAGAGACUAUUAGAAAUAUUGGAGGCGAAUGGAAAAUUAGACAGUGUUCGCAGUCAAGAUAUUCUUCAUUACUUUUUUGUCGUAUACAGAACGGCGGUAGGACAUGAAUUCCUGUUUGAAUUUUGCACAGAACACUGGGAUUUGAUCUACAAAAGACUCAAAUCGUAUCUAACAAUCCUUGAGAGAGUGAUUUCCUUCUGCUUCGGAACAAUACAUACCCACAAGCAAAUAAACCAAGCAAAGGCUUUCCAAAAAUCUAUUGAAAACGCUAACAACGCCCAUGUCAUCAGCAAAGAGUUAGAGAGAGCAGAACACAGAAUAUUGUGGCUAGAAAAACAUUCGAAGAAUCUCGUCCAGUAUUUCAAAUCCAAGACAAAUCAAAGUGACAAGUAG